AUGUAUGGUAGAUAUAAGCGAGAAGGUGCGAAGAAGUUUACGACAUUUUAUCGUCCUGGAAUGACGGCAAUGCGUUGUUUGCGAAGGGGAGGGAGUUGGGCGAUCGAUGUGGGUCCGCCUUCGGGAGAGAUAAACGAUAAAAGAGAGAACGAGAGUUUCGUUGAAGUGAACGAAGGAUUUGAGGAGUUUAAGAGCAAAGCUCAUAAGCUAGUAGGUCGCGGUGACAACGAGUGUUAA